CCCCUCUGUUCAUCGAUCGAAGCUUCAUUUCCUUUACCUCAUCCUUCCAUCUUCCUUCUCCAUCAUUGCUGAUGUACCGUAGAGCUUCGGUGUAAUCCAAUUCAACCUCAAAAUCAGAGAAGCCUUCGUGCAACGCCCAAAGUGAAGCAUAAAUCGCUACUCUCAGUUCUGCCUCGAGAGCUGAGGAAGCUUGGAUCGGGAAGGAGGUAGCUAAGAGCAUCGAACCUUCACCAUUUCUUAUUAUAGCACCUCCUGUCGCUUGAUGAGGUUGACCCCCAAGUAUUGAACAGGAAGAGUGGCAGCUUUCAUGCCAAGGAGAUUCUGAAUAGUAUUAAUUCUUGUACCAGUAUGUUUCCUACAGAUGAAAGAGCUCUUGUGAAGAUUUACAGAUUGACCUUGUGAAAGACAAUAUAGAAUAUUCUUUAGAAUAUGUUUUAGAAUAUUCUUCUAUCUUUAGAAUAUGCUUUAGAAUAUUUUAGGAAUAUACUCUAGGAUAUUAUUAUUGUAUAGAAUCUUAAAGGAAUAUUCUAUCUUUGUAAUGUAUAUAUAUAUGGGCUUGACCCUCCAAUGAAAAACACACAAAAAAAUCAUUCUUCUCAUUACUAUUCUAUCUUUAAUUCUUUCAACAUGAUAUCAGAGCAAUCUGUUCCAGUUUAGCUUAGUAGUAUUUUUCAGAAUCUCAGUUCAUGCCUCUGCCAGAACCUUAGCCCAAAAUUCAGAAUCUCAGUCCAAAAUCCACAGUUUCACGGAGCAUCAUCUCCACCCUAAGCAGUCACGCCUUCCGCCGCUGACCUUACACUCGAAAUCCGCAGGCCACACGCGCCGUCAGAGGACCUCGUAGACCUAAUCGCAGACCCAAUCGCCGGAGAAUCCAUCGGAACUAUUUUCAGGUGUCUUGAACGGUAUUAUCUUUCUGUGACUUUGCUUAUUAAGUAACGAUGACAUUCAAGGAUAGUAUUUUGGUCGCUGUAAGUUUACUUAAUACAUAGCAUCUUAUUUCUGCAAUUAAAAAAAAGUCAAAAAAAAAAAAUCAAAAAAAAAAAUCAAAAAAAAAAAAUCAAAAAAAAAAAAAUAAAAAAAAAUGCCUGGUUCUGAUACAGACACUUCCACUGUACAACAUGCUCAGCCUUUGGUAGUUUCCGAAGUUAUUCACAUUAAUUUUAAAAUUACUGAGAAUAAACUUUGUGGCUCUAACUAUCUUGAAUGGAGUAAAACUAUCAAACGUUAGUUACGAAGCAUUGAUAAACACACCCACUUAGUUGAUGACCUGCCAAAGGAGGAGAUUGAUAGAGCUGCUAAUGCUGUCUGGCUUCGUGAUGAUUCUAGAUUAUUUAUCCAGAUUCAGAACUCCAUGGAGAAUGACGUCUGGGGUAUGUUAGUCAUUGUGAUACUGUGAAAGAACUCUUUGAUUAUUUGGAAUUUAUGUAUUCUGGCAAAGGUAAUCUUAACCACAUCUAUGAGGUGUGCAAAGCCUUUUACAGGGCAGAAAUGAAAGAUAAGCCUCUCACAGCUUAUUUUAUGGAUUUCAAGAAAACGUAUGAAGAACUUAAUACCUUAAUGCCAUUUAGUCCUGAUAUCAAAGUGCAGCAGAAACAACACGAACAAUUGGCAAUCAUGAGCUUUUUGGCCGGUUUUACGUCUGAUUUUGAAACAGCCAAAUCACAUAUCCUAUCUAGUGAUGUGGUCUCUUCUCUUCAAGAUGCUUUCAGUAGAGUGCUUCGCACUGACACUUCAUCCACAUCAUCGGCACCUCAACCGAGCAAUGCUUUUGUAGGGCAAGUCCCAACAUUCCCCAAUGGAGGUGAGAAGUGGCCACGCACAGGACCGAUUGGCAAAGGAGUAGUUUGCAACUACUGUAAGAAACCCGGGCACUUGAUCAAAGAUUGUCGAAAGCUAAAGUUCAAAAAUCAAGGAAAUCAAGUCGCUCACAUUGCUUCCGUUACACAGCCGUCUAAUGGAUCCAUCAUUAUGUCUUCAGAGGAAUAUGCCAAAUUCCUAGGUUACCAGGAGGCUCUAAAGCAUUCAUCUACUCCUAUCUCAGUUGUAGCUAAUUCAGGUAAUCCAAACACAUGCCUUGUAUCUUCAUCCUCAAAAUGAGUUAUCGAUUCAGGAGCAACAGAUCAUAUGACAGGAUCUGUUGACGAAUUAGGUUAUUGGUAAAGGAUAUGAGUCGGCCGGUCUCUAUCUCUUGGAUACAUCCUUACCCAAAUCAAUCUCUUGUCUUGUCAUUGGAACUGUGUUAGAGGCUCACUAUCGACUAGGUCACCCUUCUCUUCCGUUGUUAACGAAGCUUUAUCCUCAAUUCAAUAAGGUGUCAUCUUUACAGUGUGAUUCGUGUCAAUUUGCAAAACAUCAUCGAAGUAGUCUAAGUCCUCGAGUCAAUAAACGAGCACAUGCUCCUUUUGAACUGGUUCAUUCUGAUGUUUGGGGUGCUUGCCCUGUUGUGUCCAAAUCUGGUUUUAAAUAUUUUGUUACAUUUGUUGAUGAUUAUUCUCGUAUGACUUGGAUUUAUUUCAUGAAACGUCGUUCUGAGUUAUUUUCUCAUUUUUGUGCCUUUUGUGCUGAAAUCAAAACUCAAUUUAAUGUACAUGUUCGUAUUUUAAGGGGAGACAAUGCUCAAGAGUAUUUGUCUGCCUCAUUUAAGUUGUAUAUGGCUCAACAUGGCAUAAUUCAUCAAACUUCAUGUGUAGACACACCUCCCCAAAAUGGAGUUGCUGAACGAAAGAACAGACAUCUAUUAGAAACUGUGCGGGCUCUUCUAUUCCAAAUGAAUGUGCCAAAACAUUUUUGGGCGGAUGCUGUGUCUACCGCAUGUUUUUUGAUCAAUCGAAUGCCAUCUACUGUUUUAGAUGGUAAAACUCCAUAUCAGUGCCUAUUUCCAAAUAAUGAAAAUUUUCCUAUUCCUCCUAAAGUUUUUGGUUGCACUUGUUUUGUACGAGAUGUUAAUCCCCAUUUAACAAAGUUAGAUCCCAAGUCAUUAAAGUGCAUUUUCUUAGGCUACUCCCGAGUUCAAAAGGGGUACAUAUGUUUUCUCCAAGUACAGGUCGGUAUAUUGUUUCAAUUGAUGUCUCCUUUUAUGAAAAUACACCAUUUUCAUCAAUAGACACAAAUAUCUGUAGGGAGAAUGAUGAUAUACUCAUUUACACAGUCACUAUACCCGAGUCCAAUACUUCAACAGUUCUUCCCCAUGUUACUUUUCCUGAGCCUAGGCCUCCGAUACACUUGGUAUACACCUGUCGACACAAAGUGCAAGAUCACCCUCCACCUGUGGUUACUUCUCCUGAUACUGAUCCGAUCUCAUAUCCUGAACCGACACCCGCAUCUUCAGAUCCUGUCUCUACAUCAGAUCUUGAUCUCCCCAUCGCACUACGUAAAGGUACACGGUCUUGUACUCAUCCUAUUUCUUCAUGUGUGUCGUAUAAUCAGUUAUCAUCUGCCUCAUGUUCUUUUAUUGCUUCCAUUGAUUCUAUUUCUGUUCUCAAAUCUGUUAAAGAUGCUUUGUCUAAUCCUGAUUGGCGUCAUGCCAUGGUAGAGGAAAUGAAUGCUUUGGAUCUUAAUGGUACCCGGGAUUUGGUAGACUUGCCUACAGGGAAGAAGUCUAUAGGAUGUAAGUGGGUCUUUGCUGUAAAGGUUAACCCUGACGGAUCCGUUGCUCGGUUGAAAGCCCGAUUAGUUGCGAAGGGUUAUGCUCUAACCUAUGGCGUUGAUUAUUCUGACACAUUUUCUCCUGUUGCUAAAUUAACAUCUGUCAUGAUGGAGUAUAUGGCCCGGGAACCCCCGGCCCACAGACUCCUACUACUCCAGCGAAGGCCCAACAGGCCCAAAUCACAGCGCCCAGAGUACCGAGCAGCCCGCACAACGCACAGGGGUGCCUUCGGCCCCUGACCGAAGGCUCCAAAUUAUCACAGAGCGGGUUUCUCAAGCAAAUUAGGAAACUGGGAGAAAACGGCGAAAACAGUAGCCCUCGGCAUUGUGAGCCCUCGGCACCAGGGUGCCAUCGGGUGGGAGAGCCCUCAGUUACUGCUCUAUAGCCGAAGGCAUCUCACUCGACAAGAUAUCCGCCUCACAUGCGUACAGAUCACCGUACCCCGCACAGACGUCCCGUCCAACAGCCGCAUUAAAUGCGGCCACAUGCGGCUGCCAGCGCCAACCAGUUGAGGUGACCCCUCGGCCAAUGAGCGCUUGACACGUGUCCCUGCCCGGCAUUUAUUGCUACUAUAAAUAGCUCCCCAUUUCCCCAUUUGUAACCACGCUGAAAACGCUCCACAUUUAUAAUACACUCUCUCUCUCUUACUUGUUUGCUCUGACUUCUCUCUAAGUUAUUCCCCGUAAUAACCCUUCGGAUAUAUACCCCCGGGUAGACUAUCCAUCAUUUGGUGCUCUCGUUGAGAGCUUGAACAAUCGAGUAAGAAACCCUCCCCCUCGACCAAACACAAAACACUAGCUCUCUAUCAAAAUGGUGAGGACAACACGUGCCAACUCAAAGAACGUAGAAGACAAGAACCUGGCCCUCGGCGACGUCAACGCCCCCGAAGCCUCUCACAGGGCUCCCGAGGGCGGUGUCAUCGCUGGGCUGGAACAGGCGGCUGUCGACCUACGCCUUCAGAUCCAACAAAAUGCCCCCGAUGCCCGCCUCGGCAUCGAGGCCAAGAAGAAAAACCGGAGCGAUGACCGAGUCAGCCCUCCGGUUCUCACCAUCGACGUACAAUCGGCGCUCUCCGCCUUCAUCCAGACGCUCACCCAGAACCCGGGUGCCUUCGGCACCCUGGCUCCAACUCACCCUCAGAUCGGGGAAAAUAUCGUACUUCCCCCCUCUGCCACACCCCUUCGGAAAUCCCAAGGGGGUGGUGGCCCAAGAAACAUCAUCCCAGGAAGUUCAGUCCCGGGACCGCCAUAAUGACAACAGGGAGAGGCCCCGCACUUCCGCCCUCAACCGGCUCGGAGGAGGGCCAGACCGCCGAGGGGUCCAAGACCGCCUCGGGGGGAAAGCACUCCAAAAGCCCCAGGAAAGCGGGGGAUCUGUUUCGAGGGCAGACGAGGAGCGUCCCCCUCGGGACAAAGGCAAGGCACCCCUUCAUGCCGAUGAUGCUCGGCACCAAAUCAACCAGGCCCACUCGGCCCGGGUUCGUUCGCAGGGGGCGGAGACCCUCCCGAGGGACCUCCGGGACGAGAUCAUUGCGGCCCUCCAACGCCGGCUUGACGAGAUGGAGUCCAACAAAGCUCACGCCACCAACUCCACCCCUCACUCAGACCUCAAAUACGAGGCCAUGAUGGCCAAAAUGGAGGAACUACAGAAGAAGGUGGCCGAGGGCUCCGGGGAACCCGUCAUCCAGCUCCGGACUCGGACGCCAUUUACCCCAAGGGUAUUGGCGGCCCGGAUCCCGGAGAAAUACCGAGGGCAACACAUACAGCCCUACAGCGGAAAAACGGACCCCCAGGAGCAUUACAGCAAGUACCAGAACAGCAUGAUGAUGGUGGGGGCGUCAGACGAAUAUUUGUGUCGUUGGUUCCUCUCCACCUUAGAGGGACCAACAUACGAAUGGUUCAACAGGCUGCCCGAGGGCUGUAUUGAUUCAUGGCAAGAACUCGCCCAACGGUUCUUAACACAAUUUGCCGGGAGGCGUCGCACAAGGAAGCACUUCUCCCACCUCCUAACGAUACGCCAGAAGAAGGAUGAGACCCUUCGGGAUUUCCUGGAGCGCUGGAGGACGGAGGCCGACAAGGUCGACGGUGCUGAUGACGGGACCCUCCUGGCCCUCCUACAAACCGUCCUCCGCACCGACAACUUUUAAAGGAGCCUCAUCAUUGAACCCCCCCGCGACUACAUAAGGGCCUUGCAGCGGGGGGACCGAUAUGCUGAGGCCGAGAAGGUGGAGAAGUAUCACCAGCAUCCGGACCAGCAGCCCCCGAGGGCAGACAACAAGCACAACCGAGGGCCGGGGGCUCCUCCAAAUCGCCCCAAGGCUUCGGGACCCUCUGAUGACCGCCCUCGGCAAGGCCAAGCCAAGCCCGGGGGAGGUUAUAGGAGCAACCCUAAGACUUGGGCCCAGCCCAUUCUCCUGGACCGCCCUCGGACCCCAUUGACGCACCCCGUCAGCAUCAUCCUCGAUUUUGCCGAGGAGAGGGGCCUCGUUGAGCGCGACUCUCGCGCACCCCCGGAGGUACACGCUAUCAACCCUCAGUUCCCCUACUGUCGCUUCCAUCGGCACCAGGGGCACAGGACCGAUGACUGCCAUCAGCUGAAGACGGCCAUCGAGAGAUUAAUACAAGCAGGGCACCUGUCCCAAUUUGUCCAGAGCCCUCGGCAGGAGGGACCUUCUCACCAGGGGCCUCCCCGAGGGCAUCACACGAAGGUGAACGCUUGGGUAAACCCGAAUACCACCCCCCUCGGCAAGAAAAGGGAGAUUGGAAAUUUGGAAGAAGAGGAGGAGGAAUACCCCCACUACCAGGAGAAAAAACGCCACAUCCUCAUGAUCACCGGUGGCAAUACAGGGGGCGAUUCCACCAGCCAACGAAAGAAGUGGGCUCAAUCGCUUUACGUGGGGGAAGUCACUCAUAUGCCCCCGGUAAAGCGACUGAGGGAGGAACCCAUCACCUUUACCAGCGCGGAUCUCCCUCCUACUUCUUCUCCUCACAGGGAUGCCUUGGUGAUUCGAACGGAGAUCAACGACAUCAUCAUUCACCGAACAUACGUUGACACGGGCAGCUCCGUCAAUGUAAUGUACCUUAGCACCUUCAGAGAGCUGCAUCUGGAGAGGGGGUCCCUUCGGCCCAUUAAGACCCCUCUCGCCGGCUUCACCGGCGAUACCAUUGAUUCCGAGGGGGUAAUAGCCUUCCCGGUGAUCUUCGGCGACGGGAUCCAUAGAGCCCAGCUCGAAGUGGAGUUCGUCGUCGUCAACAUUGACUGCGCUCACAACAUCAUCCUCGGCCGGCCAGCCCUCGAGGACCUCGAAGCCAUCAUCUCCAUGAGGCAUCUCUGCCUCAAGUUUCCCGCCGAAGGGGGCAUUGGCUACUCCCGGGGGAAUCAAAAAAUUGCCCGCGCCUGCUAUCUUCAGGUCACUAAGAAGGUAAGCAAGACGGAAUUCCGUGUUGACACCAUCACCGGAGCCGUCGACGAAGAGGAAAGAAGGCUGAGGGCUGAACCGGCCGAGGACGUAGAAGACUUUGCGCUCGAUCCGGCCCAGCCGGAGAGAGCCGUGAAGAUUGGAGCCCAGCUCCCUGAACAUUUGAAGACCGGUAUCACCGACGCCCUCCGCGCCUACUCCACUGUCUUUGCAUGGGGGCCGGAGGACAUGCCGGGAAUCAGCCGAAGGGUCAUCACCCACCGCCUCUCGGUGGACCCUUCGACAAAAGCAGUACAACAACGAAGGAGACCCCUCUCCGCCGAGAGGAGGGAAUUCGUGAAGAAGGAAGUCGCCAUGCUCCUCUCAAUCAAGCACAUCAAGGAGGUGAAAUACCCCUCAUGGCUAGCAAAUGUAGUCCUCGCACAGAAGCCCCCCACCUUCCGCAUGUGCGUGGACUACACCGAUCUCAACAAAGCAUGCCCCAUGGAUCCAUUCCCUCUACCAAACAUUGAUCAAUUGGUGGAUGAGACCGCGGGGUGUGAAAUCAUGUCCUUCCUCGAUGCCUUCCGAGGGUACCAUCAAAUAUUCAUGCACGAGGAGGACGCCGAAAAAACUGCCUUCAUGACUCCCGAGGGCAUCUUCUGCUACCUAGUAAUGGCCUUCGGCCUAAAGAACUCAGGGGCCACUUACACCCGGAUGGUGGCCCGGGUCUUUCAAGCCGUUCUAGGGCGCACCAUGGAGGCCUAUGUCGACGACAUGAUCGUCAAGAGCAAGCAAUCUUCCAGCCAUGCAGACGACCUCCGGGAAAUCUUCGCCAUCAUGCAAAAAUUCAACCUUCGGCUAAACCCGAAGAAGUGCACCUUCGGCGUCCAAGGGGGCAAAUUCUUAGGCUACAUGGUGAGCCGAAGGGGUAUUGAGGCCAACCCCGAGAAGAUCCAGG